AUGAACCGGCACCUAUCGACGAUACUCUGCCUGAGGAACAGCUACUCUUGGUGGAAGUCUGGGAAAAGCGUAGGUUUGGCAGUUCGGUUAGAGCAGUUGAAGGCAGUUGAGGAAAAGGAAGCGCCUUGGUAUGCAGAUUACGCCAACUACUUGGUGUGUGGGAAGUCCAACCGACCUAUCUCCUUACCAGAAGAAGAAGUUCUUCAGGGACAUCUCACACUCUUUUGGGACGAACCAUACCUGUUCAAGAGAGGAUCGGAUGGUCUGUUUAGGAGGUGCAUAGCUCAGGAGGAAGUAGAGGGAAUACUCGAGCAUUGUCACGGAUCAAGCUACGGAGGUGUGAUAGAUGCCAACGAGAAGGGAGCAUUUCCAAGCGCAAUGAAAUGCCACAACCCGAUACUUGAGGUGGAAGUGUUUGAUGUAUGGGGCAUCGACUUCAUGGGCCCUUUCGAGCCACCUUCUCAUGGGAAUAGAUACAUCCUUGUGGCGGUUGACUAUGUGUCCAAGUGGGUCGAGGCAAUCGCUUCCCCAACGAACGAUGCCAAGGUUGUGCUCAAGCUAUUCAAAAGCAUCAUCUUCCCGAGAUAUGGAGUGCCAAGGGUUGUAGCGACACCAUACCAUCCUCAGACAAGUGGUCAAGUGGAAGUGUCGAACAAGCAGAUAAAGGGGAUCCUCAGGACGAUUGUGGGAGUCACCAAGAAGGACUGGGCAGUUAAGUUGGACGACGCUCUCUGGGCUUACAGGACCGCCUAUAAGACGCCAAUAGGAAGGACACCUUUCUCGCUCCUUUACGGGAAAUCGUGUCACCUUCCGGUGGAGAUUGAGUACAGAGCACUCUGGGCAAUCAAACUGCUCAACUUCGACAUCAGGUCUGCCCAAGAGAAGAGGGGUUUCGACUUACAUGAGUUGGAAGAGAUCAGGCUGGACGCAUAUGAGAGCUCCAAGAUUUACAAAGAACGGACUAAGGCAUUUCACGACAAGAAAAUUGUGCCUAAGGUCUUCAAGGUUGGAGAAUAUGCGCUGCUUUUCAACUCGAGAGCUAAGUUGUUCCCUGGGAAGCUCAAGUCCAAGUGGUCGGGCCCGUUUGAGAUUAAGGAAGUCCUUCCUUAUGGAGCUGUCACUUUGCUCAACCAGAAUGGCGAGGAGUUCACGGUGAAUGGCCACAAGCUCAAACCAUAUUUGGGCCAACGCAUUCAAGGAGAAGGAGUCUCAACUCCUCUUCCGGACGCUCCCUUAGCCUAA